GCACGACCCGCCAGUACACAAGCCGGCGACGAAGCUAAACAGUUUAGUAGUCAUGGUUACAUUAAAGUUGGCGUCACUCAUCGUAGAUAACAAAAUGAACAAAGCGAUUCACCUAUGGUAGCAUGUUCGUGCGAAUUAUACUUCUAGAAAGUUAUGCUAAGAUGUUAUGGUGGAAGCAGCUCGAAAGAGUUCAGGACAACGUAAUGAUGAUUGAAAUGGAAGAAGAAAGGAACAGGGAGUACAGGGAGAAAACAACCGUGACAAUUUCUCUUCCAACUAGAGACCCGUUAUUACAAGAUAACCUUUUGAUAGCCAAUUUGGAAAAUGUUAAAUCUCUUCAAGCUACCCUAUUUCCCAUAUGUAACAAAGGAACUUUCAUAUCAAGUUUUCUUCAAAAUAAUCUCAAAACAAAUCAGUUAGAAAUUAACACAGACAUCAGAACAUUUCGAACCACUGCUAAACUAAAAGAGCCUAGAGAUUUGUUCGCUCUACCUAAAGAACUAGAUUGUCCACAACAGGCACCACGAUGGCCUUCGGAAUGUCAGGUUGUUGAAGAACGGAUACAACACAUUGUGUGGAACCCUGCAUCCCCUGAACCAUAUUAUAUAUCAACGGGAAAAGAACUCCGACCCCAACCCGUGGGAGAAGAAGCCGGCACCGUAAUUUUUCAAUACUACCCCAUGAGUGCUGUAAAUUAUUUUAGUCGUUCCACUGUUGGUGGAUCAAGAUUGUAUUUGUCAGCGUGUGCAAGUGCAGGAGGAGACGAUGAGUUACGUUUUGAAUCUCGAUUUGAAAGCGGAAAUUUAGCUAAAGCUAUUCGAAUAACUUCAGCUUAUUACGAAUUGCACUUGAGAACCGAUCUUUACACGAGUAGACACAUGCAGUGGUUCUAUUUUAGAGUGACGAACACAAAGAAGCAAAUGAUGUAUAGAUUCUCUAUAGUGAAUUUAUCGAAAGCUGAAAGCCUAUAUAAUGAAGGGAUGCGACCUUUGCUGUACUCUACGAAAGACGCUCAAUUACAUUCCAUAGGCUGGAGACGAUGUGGUGACAAUAUUGCAUAUUAUAAAAACGAUUCGACAUCAGAAGAAGAGGAACAAUUUCCAAGCUAUACGCUAACUUUUAACAUAGAAUUUCCGCACACAGAUGAUGCUGUUUAUAUAGCGCAUUGUUAUCCUUACACGUACUCGGAUUUGCAAGAAUAUCUGUCGAGACUGCAAGCUCAUCCUGUCAAAUCAACUUACUCCAAAUUAAGACUUCUAUGUCGGACUUUGGCUGGCAAUAACGUUUAUUAUUUGACUGUUACUGCUCCGCCAAAUCCUAAUGAUAUGGAACCAAAGAAAAAGAAAGCUGUUAUAAUAACUGCCCGAGUACACCCAGGCGAAACUCCAGCUUCUUGGAUGAUGAAAGGUUUCAUGGAUUAUUUGACGGGUGACUCAAACCAAGCCCGCGAGUUGCGUGAAAAGUUUAUUUUCAAAUUAGUACCUAUGUUGAACCCGGAUGGCGUUAUUGUUGGGAACAACCGGUGUUCGCUGACCGGAAAGGACCUAAAUAGGCAAUAUCGAACAGUAAUCAGAGAAACGUAUCCACCGGUUUGGCACACCAAAGUGAUGAUUAGGAGAUUACAGGAAGAAUGUGGAGUUGCUAUGUAUGUAGAUUUACAUGCACAUUCUAGAAAACACAAUGUAUUCAUAUACGGGUGCGAAAGUCGUAGGAAUUCUGACAGACGAUUACAGGAACAAGUAUUCCCAUUGAUGUUACACAAAAAUGCAGCGGACAAGUUCUCAUUUGAAAAUUGCAAAUUCCGUAUACAGCGCAGCAAAGAAGGUACUGGGCGUGUUGUUGUUUGGAUGCUAGGUGUAGCAAACAGUUAUACUAUGGAAGCUUCAUUUGGAGGAUCAGAAUUAGGUAGUAGAAUGUCCACACAUUUUUCUGUGCAAGAUUAUGAGAGUUUAGGGCGAACAUUCUGUGAAACUUUAUUAGAUUUUUGCGAUGAAGAUCCUACUAAAGAAAGAUUAAGAACAAAAAUUGUCACUCGGCUUUUGAAAGAAGGGUCUAAUGCGGAUGAACCAACAAAUAUUGAUUUAUCGGACUAUUCGAGCGAUGAAGGGGAUACAUCAAGCAGUAGCUCAGAGGCAGGGCAUCUAAAGGAACCUAUAGAUGUCAAGCAACCAGCUCCGCCACCUUCACCGAUGUUCCCCGACAUACACAGCGGUUAUUCUGGUAGCAGAGAAAAGCAGAGAAAACCACGCCCUAAAUUAGAAAAGAUGCAAAGGAUAGAAAGAAUAGAAAGGACAGAAAGGAAGAAAACGAAACGGCAAAUAUUACAAGUAUCCAGAGCUACAAUAGAUUUAACAUCAGACGCUAUGACCGAUGUCUCAUCCGAUGGAGACUCGGGUGAUGAAAAUCUAAGUCCAAUAAGAAGAGUUCACAGACUUUUACAAUCAUCGGCUAAACCCAAACCGAGGCGAAAGAAGAAAAUGCCACCAGAGCUCAAAAUUAUCCCAGCACCGACAAGUGACUCUCCAUAUCACUCUGAUCGAGAAAAACAAUUGUUAUCAAAGAUUGGAAGACCUCGUAGCGUAUCAAUGGUCAAUGAAACUAUAGAAAAAUCAAAACUGAAACCUGCAUCUUGGCAUGCAUUCAAACGACUGCCUCCACCAAAGAGCCUCUCAGAAACAAAGAACAAAAAUACUCAACCAUCGGAGCUACAAGUUAAACUCACUUCACUAAAAAGAAAUGUAUGGAGUGGAAUACAAAGUGAUGACAAAGGGCCUUUGUCAUGGGGAAUAUCGAGUUUCGCAAUGAAUUCUUAUUUUACUGAUAGUGAAGCUCUUCUCAGGUCAUGUUCAAAAAAGUUAGAAGAGCUGGAAAGUGAAAAGAAAAAAAGCAAAGAUGAAAAGAAAAAGAAGAAAACAAAACUAAAGAAAAUUUCUUUAAAAGUGCCAAACACUGAUGACGCUGCAGAACCAGUAAAUAAAAUACCCAAAACCAACAAGAAAAAAGGAAAGUUGAAACAUACAAAAUCUGAAAAUACAGCAUAUGUUAACAACACCAGUUUUACAGACAUACCAAGGAAUACACAGCAAAUAUCUCAAAAGCAAACUACAAUAGAAAUCAAACAUGUGAAAAGCCGAUUUAAAAAAACCGCAUUUGUUACAACUGCAAUACAAACUAAGAAGGCUGUUGGUAAAAUUAUGAGUUCAAUGGUAUCCGAUCAUUCUGAUUCCGAUGACUCCAUUGAUUCCACCAAAAAGACAAAGAAAAAAACAAAAGCCAAUAAGCCAAAAUUAAAAAAAUCUGUUUCUGAAAGUAAAAAUAAGAUUUAAAAUUGAAAGUGUACAUUUUGGUAG